AUGGAUGCAAAAGAACAUAAAGCUCAUCGACCUCGUCAAUCCGGCGUCAAGAAGGAUAAAAAGGCAAAAAAACAAAAAAAACAAGAGGAAAAGAAUCCAAAGGCUUUUGCUCCUCUAUCUGGAAGAAAAGCGGACAAACUCGCCAGGCGUAAACAAGAAUUAAUACAAAAUAAACUUCAUGUACCGUUAGUAGAUCGGACGCCUGUCGAACCACCACCAGUAGUGGUCGCGGUAGUUGGCCCGCCUCAGACUGGCAAGACGACGCUGAUAAGAUCCUUGGUAAAACGAUAUACUAAACAUAAUCUUACAGAAACAAAGGGACCCGUUACUGUCAUUAGUGGUAAAAAGAGAAGAUUGACUUUUAUAGAGAGUGCAAACGAUAUGAAUUGCAUGAUAGAUAUCGCCAAAGUAGCUGAUUUGGUGUUACUUUUGAUUGACGCGAGUUUUGGAUUUGAAAUGGUAAAUGGAAUAAUAAAUGGUCGAUAUCCAAAUCAGGAGAUUCAUAACCUUUCUAGAUUUAUUUCUGUGAUGAAAUUUAGGCCGUUAGUUUGGAGAAACACCCAUCCAUAUCUAGUGGCUGAUCGUGUAGAGGAUUUAACCGAUCCCGAGGAAGUCAGGAAAAACCCGAUUUGCGACAGAACAGUUACUUUGUAUGGAUAUUUGCGUGGAACAAAUAUGAAAGCCAACAUGAAGGUUCAUAUUCCUGGCGUUGGUGAUCAGAAUUUGUCGGAUAUCACGAUUCUUUCGGAUCCGUGUCCAUUGCCGGAAAAAGUGCGGAGAAGUUUAAGUGAAAAACAAAAACUUAUUUACGCACCAAUGUCUGAUGUUGGUGGAAUUAUGUAUGACAAAGAUGCUGUCUAUAUCAAUGUCCCAGGGAGCUUUACAAAGGGAACUGGUGAUAACGGAGACGAAGACGAGUUUGAGCAAGGCCCUGGUGAAAAAAUGGUAGUAGAUUUACAGGAUGCACCAGAGACCCUUGCUUCAAAAUUAAAAGAAACCUCAAUUUCUAUUUUCGCUAAUUCUGUUCCUGUAAAAGGUACAGAAGUGGAAGAAAGCCAAGAUGAAGAACCAACAAAAUUGCUGAAUGAUGACGAAUCAGGUCGCACCAGACGCAGAGUAAUGUUUGCAAAUGGUAACGAGAAUGAUGAAUACGACAAUGAAAAUGAUUCAAUAAAUUCUGAAGGAGAAUCUGAGGAAAAUGAUGACAAUUCUACGGUUGCAAGUGAGGAAGAUUCAGAUGGAGAUGUUAGCGAUGAAAGUAACGGUGGUUCAUCCAGUAGAAGAGCAGCAUUAAAUAAGCAUUCAAUAAACAAUCCGGAAAAUGAUGUUAACGAUGAAGAAAUAGCUUUUGCUGAAAGUGAUAGCGAUAUGGAUGACUUAUUUGUCAACGAGGAUGUUGAUGAAGAUGACCUUGGUGGUGCAUUAAAAUGGAAAUCAGACUUAGCCGCCAAAGCCAAGGAUAUGUUUUUCGCUAAUCGUCGAAUAAACAUUAUGAAGCUAAUUUAUGAUAGUGAGAAAACUCCGGAGGAGAUUUCACGUAUUGAUCUCAUGCAUGCAAAUAGAAUGGUUCAAGAUUACAGAUCUAAAAUAGAUAAUAUUGCUCCAGCAAACUUUAAUGGAGAUGAUGAUAAUGAAGACGACGAACUUUUUAAGAUUAAGGAAUCAGAUACAAAUGACACAGAAGUUUUGAAUGCGAUCGACUCUUCCAAAUCAUGCUUCGAUUUAAGCAAUCUUGAUGAGUGGGACGACGAAACGAUCCUUGAAUCUAUUCGGAAUCGGUUUAUCACAGGAAGUCAGGAAGAUGAUGAUCCUGAGGGAAAUAUAAAUUCCGAUGAGGAAGUUAAUGGUGAUUUCGAAGAUCUUGAAACUGGUGAAGUUAAAGCAGAGCAGCAAAAAAAAUCUGAAGAUGAACUUAAACAAGAAGCCCUUAUCCAGAAAAGAAUAAUGUUAAAGAAAAAAUUUGAUGCAGAGUAUGAUGAUAAAGAUGACGCACCCAAGAUGGAUUUCUAUGAUGAAAUGAAAGAUGAGAUUUCAAAACAAUUACAACUUAAUCGAGAUGAAUUUGAGGAUGAUGACCCACUUACCAGGGCAAUGAUUGAAGGUUUUCGUCCUGGAUCAUACGUUCGAAUCUUAUUGAAAGGGAUGCCCUGCGAAUUUGUUAAAUACUUUGAUCCAACAUAUCCAACUAUUGUCGGAGGUCUGUUGACCACCGAAGAAAAUUUAGGUUUUAUCCAGUCAGCUUUCCGUAUAAGCGCAACCGGUGUAAUACUCGACAUAAAUCAUUCGGUUGAGAUUGUUAAAAAACUUAAACUGACAGGUGUUCCAUACAAAAUAUACAAAAACACUGCCUUUAUAAAGGAUAUGUUUACUUCUGCCUUGGAAGUAGCGAAAUUCGAAGGAGCAGCAAUAAGAACUGUUUCAGGUAUCCGUGGACAAAUUAAAAAACCUUUAUCGAAACCGGAGGGACACUUUCGUGCAACGUUUGAGGAUAAAGUGUUGAUGAGUGAUAUAAUAUUUUUGAGGGCUUGGUACCCUAUUAAACCUCCAAAAUAUUAUAAUCCCGUUACAUCAUUGUUAUUGUCUUCGAAGACUGAGUGGCAAGGAAUGCGCUUGACUGGACAAAUUCGCAGAGAAUUGCAAAUCGCGACACCAAUGAAACCGGAGUCUAAGUAUAGGGUAAAUGUUAACUUUCAUCUUUUUCAACAAAGUCUGUUACAAUAA